GAAUCAGCCGAUUGGGCCGAAACUACGGCCUAUGCCUUUGACAAGAUCUUGGAGGCGAUCUUAGUCUUAGGCUAUUUCGACUCCCUUCCCAACGAGGCUGCCCGGCUCACAUUCUUGUGCAAGCACGGCCUUACGCCCAAAAGCACCCAGGCCACCAUCGCCAAGCAAUACGACCUGCUGGUGCAGGCAGUCUUUCAAGGCAAGGUAUCGGAAGUGGAACAAGGCCUAGUGCCCAAAGUCGAUAGCACCGAAGGCCGCAUUGUGCCGGAUGCAGCCCAGGGUGGUGGGUUGCGACAUGGACACCCCCAGACGGCAGGCAAAGCCAAACCCGCCGCUUCUCAGCUGUGCCCACAGCACAGCAGUGGUUGCUUCAAACUUCAAAUGGCCCUGGCCGCAAAGUCAGGGGUUUUGGCAAAAAGUGAGGAGGCACAACAGAAAGGCUUAGCCUGUCAAGUGGCCAACACCCAGGCCUUACGGGCGCUCUCUACACAAGCCACGCAGGACAUCAAACAAGUCGCGGAGGCGGCAUGCGACGGAAGAGGAAGCGAUGCCACCGCUACCGAAGAUGUCACAGCAGGGCUCAUG